UGAUUGCGCCUUUGCACGAAGAAAAACAGGCAGAAGUAGAAGAGAGACUUUGUUGGUAGCAUUGCUAAUGAUGGCUAUCGAUGCGGUUGAAGUAAUUAUUCGCCCGAAACGCUAAUUUCUAGAGCUGGAGAAGUUUGGAUGUGAGUUCUGUGUAGUCUGUUUCCCAGUGUCAAGGUAUUUACGUGGUAGUCGGUGUUUGUAGUAUCGAAUUACCUAGUUUAAACAGUUGUGUAUAAAAUCAUGGCUUCCAUAUUACAAAGUAAAUUGUGAGAAAUGACCCUUUAAUGUAUGGAAGAUCGUAAGCAGGUUUCCAUAUGGUACAAUUGCAAAAGGUGUCUUGGUGUUGAAGCCCUUUUGUCAUUAGAGCUGCAGUCACAUUGGAGGUAGACUGUGAACAGAGUUGUGUUACAAAAUGUCUAGCCAGAGCUUUGCUCUUGCAUCUCUUACUGCCACUUACACAGAUUCUGAAGGUGAAGAGGAUGGUGUUGUGGAUGAUAACGAGAAAUCACCAAAUGAUGAUAGUAGCGCAGAUCCCAAUAUAUCUAAUAUUACAACACCACCAGUUCCUGUAGUGCCUCCACGGUUAGUCUCAUACCAUGAUGAUACGGUUAUUUCAGAUGAUGAAGGAACCCCAGGUGAAGGUGCAGAGCAAGAAAGGCAGAAGUCAGUAGGUAGUGAAGGGGAUCCUUCAGAUGGUGUCCAUCUUCCUCCAGAACCAACAGGCCUUUGUUCAAAUUCGCGUCAAGACAAGAUAAGCCGUUUGUAUGAAAGGGUGCAAUCAAAUGGGUUGGACAUGAAUCAUGUGAUACAGCAGCGCAAAGAUUUCCAUAAUCCAAGCAUUUAUGAGAAAUUGAUUCAGUUUUGUAGUAUAAAUGAAUUUGGGACAAAUUAUCCAGCCCACGCUUAUGACCCUUUACGGUGGGGAAAAGAAUCAUUUUAUGAAGAACUAGCUCGCGUUCAAAAAGCAGAGAUGGAUCGACGUGAGAAGGAACGGAAAGAUAAAACAAAAGUUGAGUUUGUAUCAGGUACAGCUAAGCGACCAGGUAGUGGCUCAGGAGCAGAAGAUGAUGCUAAACGACGGAAGUCAAAGUGGGAUCAGGUUGGAACAAUGGUGGCAGCUAACAUGGCAGGAGGUACACAGGCUGGUCAUAUACUGAAACCAGCUGGACUGCUACAGCAACCAUCAUUAACAACAGGUGUUACAGGGGCAUAGAGUUACAGUGAGGUCUAGUAACCAUGAAAAUGAUUCUCAAAUAAAUAACUCAAUACCUUCGAAGAGAACGCGUCGUCAACCAUACAAAAAAGUUAGUAAGGAUUUUUUAAGGUAACUUCAUUACACCAGUCUAUUCUACCAUCUUGUUGUAACAAAAUCUCAAAUUAUCAGGAACUGGGUAUUCUCCACCAAAAUGUUCAAAGUUUGAGUAACAAAUUAUUUGAAUUUCAAGUGUUACUGGAUUCUUGGUCAAAUAAGCCUACAAUUUUAUGUUUCUCUGAGCAUUGGCUCCAGUAUGAGCAACUUAUGUAUAUUAAUAUUGAUCAGUAUAAAUUGGUUGCUAACUAUUGUAGAAAAGAUGACAAGCAUGGGGGCUCCUGUAUUUUUAUAUUAAAUGAACUCAAGUUCAAGGAGUUUCCCACUGUUACAAAUUUAGGUAGGGAUAAGUUAUUUGAAAUCUCAGCUGUUGAACUUAUUGAUCUUAAAAUUAUUAUUGGUAUGUAUAUAUAGAUCCCCAGUGAGUAAUGUGGACAGUUUUCUCGAAUUGUUACAGACAACUAUAAAUAAGAUUGCAAAAAAGGCAUGUUUCUUGAUUUUAUGUGGAGAUUGGAAUAUUAAUUUAUUGACUGAUACAACUCACCAAAAAGCCUUAGUUAGCCUAUUGUUGUCAAAUGACUUAGUAAAUACUGUACCUUGUCCAACAAGGGUCACUUCUUCCUCUAGUUCAUUAAUAGAUGUCAUGAUAACAAACAAGAUUUUCUAUCCUUCUGUAACAAAUGUGAUGGAAAUGUGGUUUUCUGAUCACUUUGCGGUUGUUAUGGAUGUAACUGUAAAUCUUCCUUCCACUUCAAAUAUUAUAAUAAAAAGAGUCUUUUCUCGGAAUAGUAUAGACAUGUUUAACUGCCAUCUGGCAUCUGAAUCAUGGAAUGAGGUUUACUCCCAAUCUGAUGUUAAUAGGGCAUAUUCUUACUUUUUAUCCAAGUUCACUAUGUAUUUCAAUCGGUUUUUCCCUUUAAAAGAAGUCUCAAGAAAGAAAGGUAAUAAAGUAUGUUGGAUUACUAAAGGUAUAAAAGUUUCUAGACAGAAGCUUCAGUUGCUGCGUUUGUUAAAAAGAAAGCUGAUUUUAUCUGCUUCUGCAUUAAAUUAUAUAAAAAAAUACCAGAGUACCUAUAAAAAGAUCUUAUUCGCUGCUCGAAAACGUGCAAAUGACCGUAUUAUUGCAAAUUCUAGUAAUAGUACAAAGGCCUUAUGGAAUAUAAUAAAGAUAGAAACAGGAAAAGGCUGUAUUUCAAAUCCGACUAUUGCGAUAGAAAUUGGUUCAGUGUUAGUUACAAACCCCCAGCUUCUCUCUUAUCAUUUCAAUGAUCAUUUCGUAGAGAUUGUUGAUAGGAUGUGUACCCAUACAAAGGAUAUUAGACAGGUGUGUGUCCCUGCUAAUAAGAUGUUUGUGGCUCCUAUUACCGAAGAGGAGGUACUAAAUGUUACUGGUAAACUAAAAAAUAAGUAUUCGUCUGGCUUUGAUGAGAUUCUGGUAUCAUUAAUUAAACACUGCAUACAGUUUAUAAAUAAACUGUUAACUUUCAUAUUUAAUCUCUCAUUAAACACAGGUACCUUUCCAAAUCUGAUGAAGAUCGCCAAAGUACGGCCUAUUCUAAAGAAGGGCCGAAUUCAAGAUAUUACUAAUUAUAAUUAGUAAUAUCUAUAUUAUUGGUCUAUAUAUUGGUCUAUAAUUAUAGACCAAUUUCAAUUCUUCCUGCAUUUUCCAAAAUCUUUGAAACUUUAAUACACAAUAGAGUUAUAAGUUUUUUAAAUAAAUAUAAUUUGAUUUCUAGUGCCCAAAAUGGUUUCCGAGCUAAUAAAUCUACCUAUACUGCUAUCCAGUCUUUUCUUGAGGACAUUUUGACAACAUUAGAU